CCUGCAAACAGCAAAUCAGGGGCUGGGGAGGCAGAGCAGCCGGCAAAUGCUGUCAAUAUACACAGUCCUGGGAGCAGAGCAUGCUGCAGAGCACACAGAGCAUGCAAGACGGCAUGCAACACAGCAGAGCGUGCAGCUGAGCUGAGUGGCCUGCGCACACGCAUUCUGCUGUGCAAACUUCAGGAGAAGCAACUUUCCUUCUAAGCAAGAGAGAGAACCUGCAGCAGCCUUCAUCUGACUGCCUGGAACCCCCAACCAGCAAAGCAGGGCAUGCAGAAGAGCCGAGACCGCUCUGCAAACUUCCUGAGAGUCAGCGAUAACCAGUGAGGACAUUGCGGCACCCCUCAUCUGAUUGUCUGGACUUUGCGACACCCCUCGUCCAAUUAUCUGAACUUUGCAGCACCCUGAUUACAUUACCUGGACUCUGCAGCACCCUGGUUUCAUUACCUGGACUCCGCAGCACCCCUAUUUGCAUUACCUGGAUCCUGCAGAAACAAUUACCUCAUUGCCAGCACCCCCUGUCAGCACGAAGGGGCUGGGGGCUGUGACGGGAGUAUAUUAGCCAGCUGCUGACAGAUACCACAAGAAGGCUCAUCCUCCUGCAGGCUGUUGGGCACAGACACACCAUCUAGGGGGCGUGGAGCUCCUAAAUUGUAAGCAGUGACAGUGACAACUCUUAUAUGGACUGAGAUGGCCUCUGAUCUGGCUAUGAGCGCAGAGUUGCCUAACAGCCCUCUUGCCAUCGAGUACGUCAACGAUUUUGAUCUGAUGAAAUUUGAGGUCAAGAAGGAACCCCCAGAAGCUGAGAGGUUCUGCCACCGCCUGCCGCCCGGAUCAUUGUCUUCCACUCCUAUCAGUACCCCUUGUUCUUCGGUGCCCUCCUCGCCCAGCUUCUGCGCCCCAAGCCCUGGGGCACAACCUAACGUCAACCCCAACAACCCCAACACUGCCAAUAAACCCCAACUGGAGGACCUGUACUGGAUGUCUAAUUAUCAGCACCACAUCAACCCUGAAGCCCUCAACUUGACUCCUGAAGAUGCCGUGGAGGCUUUGAUAGGAAACCCACAUCACCACCAUCAUCAAGGCUAUGACGGCUUCAGGGGUCAGCACUACCCUGGGGAUGAGAUGGCGCCAUCGGGUCACCACCACCAGGUCCAUCAUCAUCUGCACAACCACAACCACCACCACCUAAGGCUGGAAGAAAGGUUCUCCGAUGAGCAGCUUGUCAGCAUGUCCGUGAGAGAGCUCAACCGACAGCUGAGGGGCUUCAGCAAGGAAGAGGUCAUACGUCUUAAGCAGAAGCGAAGGACCUUAAAGAACAGGGGCUAUGCCCAGUCCUGCAGGUACAAAAGGGUGCAGCAGAGGCACAUCCUGGAGACAGAGAAGUGUCAGCUCCAGAGCCAAGUGGAACAACUCAAGCAAGAGGUGUCCCGACUGGCCAAGGAGAGGGAUCUAUACAAAGACAAAUAUGAGAAGCUGGCCAGCAGAAGCUUCACAGCCAGAGAGUCCCCGCAACAGACCAACCCUGGCAAAGGCUCUGCAGACUUCUUCAUGUGAACUUUGUGCCCUCACCCUGACCUCCCAGACCCCCUGUACAUAGAGGUAAAGAACUUGUAGCCAAAUACAGUAAAUUCUACAUUAUUUAUUGACUGUAUGCAGCACCGCAUUUACUCCACCACCACCUUAUAUUGGGACAGAUCGAAGUCUUAGAGAGAUUUCCGAGCUCCUCGUCACGAAGUGACCGCUCAAUCUUACACUGAUUUGUAUAUAGGACGGAACCGAGAUGGACAGUUUUUUUUUUUUUUAGGCUGGAGGGGGUGAGUUAUGUCCCCUCUAUCACUGGACUGCUUUUUGAGCCAGAAAUUAAGUCUUAAUUUUUUGUUGUUGUUGUGCGUCACACCCAAGUCCGAAACCGUGAAGAGCAAUACCAGAACAUCAUCGAAGAAGAUCCCACCGCAACGCUUAAGGCCCGGGAACAUCCCAUCCUGUGAGACGCCACUGAAGGAACUCAACCAAAACGGCAAUUUCUAAGGGUAUUCAUACAAAAAAACUUGACUUUUUAGCAAAAUCCUGCAUGCAGGUCAUGUAUGGCAAUGUGAGGUCCCCUUUUCUACUAGACAAGGAUGCAUGACAAUGUAGAUUGUACCAUUCGUAUGUCUUUCUUUUCUCCUCAGCUUGUUUACUUCUGGGUUCACAAACCUUUUCUGUUUUUUUUUUUUUGUUUAGUUUUUUUUUCCUUCUGGGAAAACUGUGCAUCUUGUAAGUGAUCCAGACACUCGAAAGUCUUAACUCCCUUCCUUGGACUCAUAAUCUUAAAAUGCCAGUCAGGAAACAAGAAAUACUUUAAAAAAAAAAAAAAACACACAAAAAAAAACAUUGUGGGACAAAAAUGUCAAAAAUUUCACUAAAGAUUUCUUAAGACUUAAAAAAAAAAAAAAAAGUUGGGAUGAGCGUAUGAACAGUUUUUACUCCCAUACUCCCCUUUCCCUUGUCUAUAUUUUAUUAUUUAAAUCGAACCUGAGCCAGACA